GAGUGCAAGAGUGAGGAGGCAAGGAGCGCUGACGGUGGCUUUGGGCGCAGAGGCGGACGUGUGCGCGGGCAGCGAGGCACACCUGCGCGUGGUGGACGCGCUGCUCGGCGGCGGCGCGCGCCUGCACGAGUCCAAGCGCUGCCUGCGCCACAAGGACGCGGCGCUGCGGGCCGCCCUGCGCCGCGACCUGCCGCACGUGGCCGAGGAGCUGCUCCGGCGCCAGGGCCCGGCCUUCCUGCAGCGGCGGCGCGCCGGCGCACUCAUCCGCCUGGCGGCCGCGCACGAGAGCGCGCGUUGCGUCGCCGUCUUCCUGCGCAGGGGCUUCGACGUGCGCGACCACCUGGAGCGCGGCACCACGCCGCUGCACGUCUUCGCCGGCGACGGCGACGUCGGGCUGGUCGCGCGCCUGCUCAGGCACGGCGCGCCGCUGCAGGAGCGCACGUCCGUGUCGGAGCUCACGCCGCUGCACAAGGCCGCCGAGAACGGGCACGUGUCGGUGUGCCGGCUGCUGCUCGACUUCGGCGCGCACGUGGACUCGGCGACGGCGCUGGGCGUGACGGCGCUGCACGUGGCGGCGCGCAGCGGACGCGUGGAGGCGUGCCGCCUGCUGCUGCGUCGCGGCGCCGCCGUCAACGCCAAGGACUGGAACGGCGUCACGGCGCUGCGCUGGGCCGUGCGCGGCGACCACUACGACGUGUGCGCGCUGCUGCAGGAGUACGGCACCGACACCAGGUUCCUGGACGCGGCGGCGCCGUCGGCGACGUUCCGCAAACUGGCGGCGGAGGGCAACGCGACGCUGGUGCGGCUGCUGGUGGAGAGCGGCGCGUCCGUCAACGCCGCCGACGAGGGGGGCGUGCCGCCGCUGCACUGGGCCGUGCGCGCGCGCAACGCAGCCCUCGCCCACGCGCUCAUCGACGCCGGCGCUCACGUCGACGCCAGGAGCGGCAAGGGCGAACCGGCGCUGCUGUGGGCGGCGCGCGCGCUGAGCGACGACAUGAGCGCGCUGCUGCUGUCGCGCGGCGCCGCCGCCUCCGUCUCCGCCGCCGCCGACGGCCAGACGGCGCUGCACCUGUGCGCGCGCCUGGGCCGCGAGGCCGCCUGCCAGCUGCUGCUGCGCCACGGCGCCGACGCCGACGCGCGCGACGCCCAGGGCCGCACGCCGCUGCACCUGGCCGCCGCCGAGGGCCACUUCCUCGUGUGCCGGCUGCUGGCCGAGCACGGCGCCGCCGUCAGCCUCCCCGACGCCCAGGGCCGCACGCCGCUGCACGCCGCCGCCGCCGAGGGGCGCGAGUGGGUGGUGAAGCUGCUGGUGGAGCGGUGCGGCGCCGACGUGGAGGCGCGCGGGGGGCCGGCGGGGGGGACGCCGCUGCACGCCGCCGCCCGCAGCGGCCGCGCGCGCGUCUGCCGCCUGCUGCGCGAGUACGGCGCCGACGCCCUGGCGCGCGACGCCCUCGGCGCCACGCCCCACGACGCCGCGCGGGACGCCGGCCACCCCGCCGCCUGCGACGCCCUGCCCUCGCCCCGCACGCCCGUCACCGACCU